AUGCCUACUUCAUCCACUGGCGCAGUCUACGAUGGCAGUAUUGCCGGAAGUGGCGGCUCCCACAGGCGGCAACCCCCCCGCGACGCCGGCAGCCACGGCGCCAUCCGAAUCCCCCGCGAUCCGUCAUACAGCCUGAACCGCUUCCUGCAGGGCAGCGACGAACGGCCGCCGCCUGGUCUCGGACAGGCACAGAGCGAGGCUGAAGCUGAGCAGCGCAUGCAGGAGCGUCUCCGCGCCUUUGGUGCCGAGUUUGCUCACGGCGGUACCUCUGCUACAGGCCGAAAUUUCUGCACCCGAACCCUUAUUCGGUCGACGUUUCUGCAUGACUCGCUGAUACAUCACCUCACCUUUGAGCUCAGCCCAGCGGUCCCAGUCUCCCAUCAACACAGCGGGAACAGCCGGCGCCGUUUCUCGCCUAAGUUGAAGCUUAAUCAGAGCGCGAAAAAGGGAAGUGGGCCCGAUUUUGGUGCGUUGAUGCUCACUGUUGGUCUCAGCGACAAUCUUUUGUUCGCACUGGAAUUCUUCAGAAGAAACGCGCCAACAUCAUGGACCAACAUUAACCUAUAUCAACACGCAUUUGGCUCAAAGAAAUUGAUAAAGAGAAUGAGAGAAUGA